AUGUCUCCAAAGGAAUCGUCCAGUCGACAGGGUAAUAACAAGGCAUAUCAGCCUUACCCCGGGCCUGACUCGGGAACAUGCAACCAGGCCGCGCGCAGCAGCGUAACUAACCGGCCCAAAAAUGAAAACAAGCCCAGCCAGGGAGCUGACAAUGGCAGACAACCACCAGAAAAGGGUGGAAAGGAGAAAAAGAACAAGAAGAAAAAGAAAAGCCAGAACGUUAAGCGUCAGGAGGUGAGCGAAAAUAUGGGGAAAGACAAGCAAGAUCGUGUCGGGAUGGGGAAAUCCGAGGUUGUUUUGGCAGCCACUGACGAGUUCCCCUACAUCAAAAUUGAUGACAGAAUCACCGCCUUAGAAUUUGCAAAGGCGGCCAAAACUACAGACGAGCAGUUGGUUCUGUUUGUUGAUGGUUCGUCUUGGAAACGUGGGAACCACAGCAUCCUUUCCCAUGGUAUCCCAACGCCUCCACCCACGCCAACAAGUUCUUCCUCGACUCCUUCUCCCCUCAGAGAUCACAACGGCGGCGCAUCAGUUGUAUACAAGGAAAAUAACACGUGGAAAUAUGUCGGGUUCAGCCUGCCAUAUAUUCACGACUCCAACGAGGCCGAAGUGCGUGGGCUUGAACAGGGCUUCGUGCUGGCGCUGGAAAACGCCCAGAAUAAUUCCGAUUCGAGGAAUAAACUUGUAGUUCUUACUGAUUGCCAGGUUACGAUGUGGUGGCUUGCAAAGUGCUUGACUGGCGAGGACGUCAAACCCGAAAUGCCGGCGGUAGCGAUGGCAGCGUCCAAGGCUCGCCAGCUCCGAAGGUUGGGCAUGGUCGUCGAAGUGCGCUGGGUUCCAGCCCAUAUGGGAAAGAAGGGUGCUGAGGGCAACUCGGUCGCUGAUCAAAUCGCAAAGAACGCCCUCGCGUAUACUUCCAACCUCUCCAAAGACCGUGCAAGAGAACUUGCCGGUGAGGUGCACCGUACGGAGAACCCAUUCUCACGAACACCACAGGUUUGA